UGUUUCACUUCAACACCUCCUAGACUUGCAGGUAUUGCAAGGACAUCUUUUUAAAACUACUGAAAAUUUUUUGUGGUUUUUGAAUCAUGUCAGUUCUUCCUUUUUAUGUCUUUAUAUAGUCAGUCAGAUCAAAUUGUGAAGGUUUUUCUUUUUAUAUAUUCUUCUAACUGUCAUAUCAACAGAUUAUUAAGGAUGUUUUGGUUGUAUUUAACAAUUUAUAUGUCACCAGCAUCACAGAGGCAGCUGUGCUAUGAUUUCUUGAUUAAUUGAUUUUAAUUUCAUGGAUUUAUCCUUUGUGGUUUGCUCUAGGGUUUUUGUCUGACAUAGGGAAUGAUUUUGGCAUCAUCAGGGCUCAUUUGGGGGGGGAUGUAUUUUCUGCAGAUGAGAAUGUUGCGGCUCUUUAACAUGUCUCCCCAUGUGGGGUUAUUUGUCCUUGGGUUAAAGGGUUGAAAAUCGUGCCAAAUGGGAUAACAUUGCCGAUGGACUACCAGGGGAGGAGCACAGGGGAAGCCUUCGUGCAGUUUGCCUCAAAGGAGAUAGCAGAAAAGGCUCUGGGGAAACACAAGGAAAGAAUAGGGCACAGGUACAUAGAGAUAUUCAAAAGCAGCCGAAAUGAAAUGCGUGCAUACUACGAAGUACCUCGGAGGAUGAUGGGACAGAGGCCUAGUCCAUAUGACAGACCCGUGAUGGGACGCGGGAGCUUCUUUGGGUCCAGUCCUGGAAGGGGAGGUGCCGUCCUGGACCAGGUGCGCAGCGGAGGCGCUUACAGUGGCGGAUAUGGUGGGUUUGACAACUACAAUGGCUUUAACAACUACUGCUUUAGUAACGGCAUGUUUGAAGAGCGUGCGCGCGAUGAUAGAGGAAAAGGAAGAAUGGGGGGUCAUGGCUACAGCAGCGAUUCAAACUCAGGCUUUCACAGUGGCCAUUUUGUUCAUAUGAGGGGCCUACCGUUCCGCGCUACAGAGACAGAUAUCGCACAUUUCUUUGCCCCUUUAAAUCCUGUGAGGGUGCACAUUGAUGUAGGACCUAAUGGAAAGUCUACAGGAGAGGCAGAUGUUGAGUUCAGAUUUCACGAAGAUGCUGUGUCUGCCAUGUCAAAAGACAAGAAUCAUAUGCAGCAUCGUUACAUUGAGCUUUUCCUGAAUUCAACUUCAAGUGGGCCGUCCGAAAUGGGGCAUAAAAACACUGCAGGCCGCGGAGGAGGAUUCUAUGGCAACUCUGGCGGUAUGGGCUCUCGAGGAAGUGGACUAAGGGGGAUGUAUUGAGGAUGCUUAAAAUUCAUGCACUUUUCAACCCAAAGUUGGAACUUCCAGCAUGGAAGAUCUUUUUAUAUGAAUAUGUUUUCACAUGUUCCUAUGAAAUAUGCCCACAAUAUUUUCCAGACUCGAAGAAAAUUAAAUCUAAAUUCAUAUAUAUAGCUAACAUAUAUAUUUGAGCUGUUGCAUAUAGAUUGACCGGCUACUGUACAUUUUGCUUAAUGAAUUUUAUAUGACAUUCUGUGUUAAAGUCUAACUAAAGAGAUGCGCUUUGUAUGUAUUUUGACUCAAAAAUGAGUGUGAAUAGCUUGAAGCUCAAGUUGCGUGUGAGACUGCACUUUCGUUUUCUUUCCCAAAGCAAUAACAUCAUUUUGGAUGUUUACCUGUUUUUGCUGCUCAUUUCAAUUUCUAAUUGAAACCGGUGACAUUUACACAUCCAUGGAAUAAAACCUUUUAUGGAUAUAUUUUAUUUUUGACCUAAGAAUGUUCAUUGAUGACAACUGUAAUGUAAGAAUAAAGUGUGAUAUCUUGCUUUUGGUCAAAG